CGAUAUUAUUACAUCUAUACGCGUGUGUGCAAAAUGUAUUGUUACUGACAUAUAUAUUUUUUCAUAUCCAUAUGUUGGUAAGCUAGAAAAUAAUGUAUGACACGAGGAAUGCCGAACGAAUGACAGUAGGAUUAACGAAGGUUAUGUUAUUAUAUAGUUCUCAUUUUAUUCAUUUAUUUCUUGAGUCGAUACUCGUAAUAUAGAAUUUUUUUCAACAUAGAAAUAUAAGAAUUUUGCAAAAAGUGGGACAAGAUGGAGACAAGGCCUUUUCUUCUGGAUGGCUCAUGAAACCAAAGUUGCCAUAUUUGGCGUUUUAUACAUCGUACGAUUUUUACACAUUUGAGCAUUCACGUUAUAACCUUACAAGGAAAAUAUUGUGUUAUUUAUUGAUAUUCGUGCGUAAAAAGAAAAUGAAGAUGAAACGAAGUAAAUCAUUAUCACCGGAACCCUCUAGUAGCGGUGAAUCAAAAAGAAUAAGAUAUGAAGAGUUACAUCCGCAUUUGCUUGAUUUUUGUGAUGAUAUUUUAUUAAAUAUAUUGAAAUAUUUAAACCCUCAAGAUCUUAUGGCAUUGAGCUUAUGUAAUCAACGUUUGGCACAAGUUACGCGCGAUAGAACCUUAUGGAGAAAAGUGGAUUUUCGUGCAAUUCCUAUGCCUCUGAAUGAUUUAGAAAAAUAUACAAAAUUCUUUCAACCAAUGACAACUAAUGUAGCAAUGCGCGGUGAUUUACAUUCCAACAAAUGUUUAGGACUGACACCAAAAUUUUUUGAUACCAUAAACAUACAUUGUGGUCAGCUGAAGGAGUUAGUUAUAGAAGAUUAUUAUAUAGAUGGUGAUGAGGUUGAAAUAACAGAUUUUCCAAGAACAAUUGAGAAACUUUCAUUGAAAGGAUGUGAAAUGGGUCAUUUGCAAAGUAAUAAGUCAUAUUUCUUUAAAAUUGACCUCCAUAUGCCUAAUUUAACAUGUUUAAUUUUAAGUAAUUGCCAAUGGUUCAUGCCACAUUCUCUAUUAGUAAUUAGUAAAAUAUCAAAACUUAAAGAACUCAGAUUGAAUUCUUGUCAUCGUUUGGGUGAAUGCGUGGCUUAUGCCAGUUUGGCAACCAGAUUUGGAUUUAAAACAUUAGAGACUUUAGAUUUACGAGAUACUGCACUUGGAGAUAGUGAAGUUAGUUGCUUUAGUAGUACUAAAACUCUAACGCAUUUAUAUUUGGAAUGUCCAGCAGUAUUAAGAAACACUGAUGCAGGAAAUUUUCGGCGACCUGUACUCGAAGAUGGAAAUAUCGUUCAAUUUUUAGUUGAAGGUAAUUGGGAAAAUUAUGGUUUUCAAAGACGUUUAAUCUCAGAUAGAGCAAUUCGUGCCAUAGGGAGUAUUGCUAGAAGAGUAAUUCAUACUUCUCCGCAUGGGAUUAUAUUUUUAGAAGAAGAAAAUCAAAUAUUCAACAAUCCACUUCUUAAAACAUUAGUCGUUAGGAAUUAUCCACGGGUUUCAAAUUCUAGUCUUGUUUAUUUGGCAGAACAUGUAUUAAGUUUAGAGCAUCUUGAUGUAACUGGUACAUCUGUUACAAGAGAAGGUGUUCAAAAAUUCAAAUCAAGGAGACCUAAUGUAAAGAUUGUUUCUUCAUUCGAUGAUACGUAGUUACUCUUCAUAUAUGUUUAAGCAUUUGUUGUGUAUGAGUGUUCGAUGUUUUGUAACAUUAUUACAAUUAGCUUCAAGCGUUUAAUUUUCUGUCUACAAAAAAGGUUGAUACUGCAACAAUAAUUAGUAAUGUAUUUACAGAAUAAUUAUCUAAUUAUGUAAAUAUAUCUUCUCUUACAGCUAUGAAAAUGUAUUUGAAUCUUACAAGAAUACAUAUAAUAAUUUUAAGUAGGUAAUAUUAAAAAUUUAUCUUUAUUAUUAUCAAAUUUAUAUGAAAGAAUGGUUCAUAUAAUUUCUUUUUUAUUUCUCAAAUUUUUUAAAUUUAUUGUGUAUAUAUAAAUAUAGAUUAAGCUGUGCACAUAAUCCCUAUUGUAAUAAGCAUUUUUAAAAAAAACUAUCAUGUUAAUAAUAUAGAACAAUUUUGAUGAAU